UUGCCAUCGGCAUCUUGCAUACUGUUUAGAACCUAAGAAAUGACCUCGGGGUGUGGAUGGGGGGGCGACCAUUGCUGGCACCCUUUUCUAACAAGUCUGGGGCAGAAAACGACUGGACAGAUCUGUCAUCGCCUUGGCAGGGACAAGAACAAGAUCUUCCUUCUCUGGGCAGCACUCUAACGAGGAGCUGCGCCAUAACUGACUGGGCAGUCUACUGGUUCGUGGACUGAGGCGGACCGUUGGCAGAGGCGACGGAAUCUGAGGGUUUAGUCAAAUGACUUCACGUUGUAAAUUUGGAGUGUUGCAGAAAACGUUAUAGACUCUGAUUUUGAAGGAAAUGAAGAGAAACCUAAAUGAAAGUUCAACUCGAAGUACAGCGGGCUGUUUGCCUGUACCAUUGUUCAAUCAGAAAAAGAGGACUAGACAGCCAUUAACUUCCAAUCCACUUAAAAACGAUCCAGGUAUCAGUACUACUUCCAACAGUUAUGAUUUCCCUCCUCUACCAACAGAUUGGGCCUGGGGAGCAGUGAAUCCAGAGUUGCCUCCUUCAACAACAACAAUGAACACAGGGCAAAUACCACAUUCUGUUUCUCACCCUUUGAGAAGUCAAGAUUCUGUGUUUAAGUCUACUCAGUCGAAUACUGAGGGGAGCAAGAGUGAUUGGAGCUACAGAGAUGGCAACAAAAAUACCAGUUUGAAAACCUGGGAUAGAAAUGAUUUUAGGCCUCAAUGCAAAAGAACCAACCUAGUGGCAAAUGAUGGAAUAAAUUCUCGUCCAAUAAACUUGGGAGCUCAAGAACAGAAACAAUUAAGAGUAUCUCAGCCUCCUGACUUACCUCACCAAAGAAAAAGUGAAGUACUCAGACAAACACAUUUGUCAAAAACAUCUGGCUCCACAGUGAGAGGUCUAGACAAAGACAGUGCAUCACAGUCAUUUAUGUCCAUUUUCCAACAAAGUCAAUUUAAGAAAAAAAAGUUAGAUGACAUUCCAGAAGAAAACUCUCUCAAGAAUGCCUCACUGUACCAGUUAAAGUUUAAGGAAAAAGAGAAUUCUUUAAGAAUUAUAUCUGCAGUUAUUGAAAGCAUGAAGUACUGGCGUGAACAUGCCCCCAAAACUGUACUCCUUUUUGAAAUACUGGCUGUUCUCGAUUCAGCUGUGACACCUGGGCCAUAUUAUUCUAAGACUUUUCUUAUGAGAGAUGGGAAAAAUACUCUGCCUUGUAUAUUUUAUGAAAUAGAUCGUGAACUUCCAAGACUGAUUAGAGGCCGAGUUUAUAGGUGUGUUGGAAACUAUGACCAGAACAAGAAUAUUUUUAAAUGUGUUUCUGUUAGACCAGCAUCUGUUUCUGAACAAAAAACUUUCCAAGCAUUUGUCAAAAUUGUAGAUACUGAGAUGAAGUAUUAUACCAAUAUAAUGAAUGAAAUGUAAAUAGUGAUAAGUUUAAACACUAUAACUUAAAGCACUCUUUCUGUUAUUGUUUAAAUUACU